AUGGCUUCAACGAUGGGUUUGAACAAAGCUCUGCGUUGGCUGCCACGUUCCUCUGCCAGUCCCCGUCUGGAGGAAGACGAAGACAACAACGAGAGGAACGGGCUGCUGAGGAGCCACCGGGAUCAGAACCGGGUGGUGCCCGUGACGGGUCUCCAUGUUGACGAGCAACCCGAGGCAGGUGCGCAUGUGGAGCCCAAGGGCAUGGCGCAGACCGUGGCCCUGAAGGUGUCGAUGCACUGCCAUGGCUGUGCGAGGAAGGUCGAGAAGCAGAUCUCCAAGCUCCACGGAGUUGUGUCCAUCAGAAUAGAGCUGGGGAUGAAGACGGUGACCGUGGUUGGCAACGUGACUCCCAUGCAAGUCCUGGAGACCGUCUCCAAGGUGAUCAAGUACGCGCACAUUCUGCCGCUGCCCUAG